GAGAGAGAGAUGUGGUUUGAGGUUCGUCAGUUUCAGAGAGGACAAAGUUGGAUAAAGGAGGACACGUGGAGGGAUAAGUGCGCCUGUUCAUUAAAUUAAAAAAAAAAAAAACUAGAAAACAUCUCUGGGCACACAUCGACAGGAACUCUUGGUGUUCAUGCAGGAGAGGAUUAUGGACUUGAAAUUGUUCUAACUGCUCGGUGAAGCUGUGGCUCGAUGAGGUUGCUGAUGUUUGUGCAGUAAUGCGCUGUCUGAGAAGCUUUUACGCAUUAAUAAGGCUUCACCAACUCUGAAGUGCGGAUCAGGUGCGGGACUUUCCAUCCACGGUUCACUGAGGUGGAACUUUAUUAGAAUUUACUUGAAACAAAUGAUUCAUCUCGAAAGCUUGCUGAGCCGAGCCGUCCUUGUCUAAGCGCACAGGCAUGAUGUCUCUGAUCGGCUUUUACGCAUCUCUGGAGGAAAGAUAGAGGUGGAACAUGCGUGCGUGACGUGACCGUGGAGGACACCGAUGUACUACAUGCCCGUCAACUCAGAGAAAAAAGAACACUUUAUCAUCCAGAAACGAGACUCAGUUGUCAUCCAGUCUCUCAAUCUGACAAAUGGAGCCGCGCAAAUACCUGUUGAUUCUGGAGUUUAUUGUCCUACUUAAAGAAUUGUGUCAGUGUUUCAACAUAGACGUAAAGCAUCCUCGCAUCUUCACUGGUCCAGAGGAGUCCCUGUUUGGCUUUUCUGUUUUGCAGCAUGCGACAGAUGGAGAAAAAUCGAUGCUGGUUGGGGCUCCAUGGGAUGGGCCACCCAACAACAGGAGAGGAGAUGUCUACAAAUGCAUUGUGGGAGAAGAGAAGAACUCAAAUUGCAGCAAAGUGAAUCUAGGUGAGACUGCUCUGCAGAAUGUAUCUAAAAACUUGAGGAACGCUCACCUGGGAAUGACCCUUACUCCAGACUCACCCGAUGGCUUCCUGGCGUGUGCGCCGCUGUGGUCUCAGGAGUGCGGUACAUCUAUGUUCAGCACCGGUAUCUGUGCCUCUGUUGGUGACGACUUUGAACCAAGGGAGACCAUCUCUCCAACGGUGCAAAGGUGCUCCACCUACAUGGACAUUGUGAUCGUGCUGGAUGGCUCCAACAGUAUCUACCCCUGGUUUGAAGUGCAGAACUUCCUCAGCAACAUCCUCAGCAAGUUCCACAUCAGUUCAGACCAAAUGCAGGUGGGCAUCCUGCAGUAUGGAGAGGUGGCGGUUCACGAGUGGUCGCUCAGAGACUACCAGACCACACAGGAGGUGGUGGAUGCCGCCAAGAACAUCAGCCGCCAGGAGGGACGAGAGACACGGACAGCGUUUGCCAUCCACACGGCCUGCAAGGAAGCCUUCAGCGCUGAGCGGGGAGCAAGAGAGGGCGCCACCAAGGUGAUGAUCGUGGUGACGGAUGGAGAGUCACAUGAUGGAGAGGAGCUACCGGACGCACUGGAGGAGUGCGAGAACAGAAACAUUACCAGAUAUGCAAUCGCUGUUCUGGGUCAUUACAUCCGCCGGCAGCAAGACCCCGAGACCUUCAUUAAUGAGAUCAAGUACAUUGCCAGUGACCCUGAUGAUAAAUACUUUUUCAAUGUGACCGAUGAAGCCGCGCUCAACGACAUUGUGGACGCUCUGGGAGACCGCAUCUUCACUCUGGAAGGCACACUGGGAUACAACCAGAGCUCCUUCCACAUGGAGAUGUCUCAGAUCGGCUUCUCCACACACACACUGGAUGAUGGUAUUCUCUUUGGGACGGUGGGCGCAUAUGACUGGGAUGGCGGCGUGUUGAAAGAAGGAGUCAAAGGACGCAUCAUGCCGUCCAGAGAGGCUUUUGAGAGCGAGUUCCCACUGGAGCUGAAAAAUCAUGCUGCUUAUCUCGGUUACACAGUGUCAUCUGUCAUUGUUGGGGACUGGAGGAGGCUGUAUGUAGCUGGAGCUCCACGGUUCAAACACAAAGGCAAAGUCAUCCUGUUUGAACUCAGUAAUGAAGGAGAUGUCAACAUUGUUCAGGCUCUGAAUGGAGAACAGAUUGGAUCAUACUAUGGCAGUGAGGUAUGCGGUCUGGACAUCGACCAAGAUGGAAUCACUGACGUCCUUUUGGUUGCAGCACCAAUGUACCUCGGCUCAGGAAACAAGGAGGCUGGAAGAGUCUACAUCUACACUCUGACUGGGGAGGAGGUGUUUGUGUCUAACGGCACCUUGAAGGCAGAGGAGAAGUCUCAGGAUGCCAGGUUUGGUUAUGCACUGACAGCCGCACCAGACCUCAACCAUGAUGGCCUCACUGACCUGUUGGUGGGAGCCCCGCUGGAGGAUGAACACAGAGGGGCUGUCUACGUGUACCAUGGAGAGGGUAUUUAUGUCAUCCAUAAUUACAAACAGCGGAUUCCAGCAUCAUUGAUUUCCCCUACCAUGCAGUAUUUUGGCCGCAGCAUCAGUGCUCAGUUGGACUUGGAUGGAGAUGAGCUCAUAGACUUGGCAGUGGGAGCGCAGGGCACCGCUGUACUACUCCGCUCUCGGAGCAUAGUACAGAUCAAUGUGAGCCUGUCCUUCCAGCCACACUCCAUCAACGUUAUUCAGAAGACCUGCCAGAGGGGAGGCAGGGACUCAGCAUGUCUCAAUGCCACCGCCUGUUUCACAGUUGUGUCUCGCUCCCCUGGUCCACAAAGCAAUAGCUUUGAGCUGUGGGUGGUGGCCGUGCUUGAUGACAGGAAGUCGUCAGCACGAGCGCUGUUUGACGACAGCUCGCACAGGCACACACAGCUGUCAGUCCGAGUUUACACCGGACAAACUCUGUGCUACAAACUGCCCUUCCAUGUCUACGACACAGCAGACUACAUCCGUCCAAUCAGCUUCUCACUUCGGUUUAAGAUCAAUGACACAGAGAGUGGGCCGGUGUUGGAUGAAGGCUGGCCAACGACUGUCAAGAAAUUUAUUCCAUUCUUUAAAGACUGCGGUGAGGAUGACGUGUGCACAACAGACCUGGUGCUGCAAGCCCACAUGGAUAUCUCCGGGACAAAACAGAAACCUUAUGUGAUUCGUAGCCCUCGUAGGCGUCUGGCAGUGGAGGUGCAGCUCCAGAACAGACUGGAAAAUGCCUACAACACCAGCCUCACGCUGCUCUACUCACGCAACCUGCACUUCUCCAGCCUCAGCAUCAGGGAGGAUGCUCAGUUUAAGAUUGAGUGCACAGCACUCAGUGCCAACAGCCACUCAUGUAAUGUCAGCUAUCCAGUCUUUCGUUCCCAGUCAAAGGUUAACUUCAUGCUGGAGUUUGAGUUCAGCUGCACGUCUCUGCACAGUCGAGUCCAGAUGAAGCUCAAUGCUGCCAGUGACAGUGUGGAAAGAGCAGAUACUUUAGGGGACAACAAUGUUCAGCUGCAGAGUUUUGUUCAGUACGAACCAGACCUGUUUGUUACCAGUGACUCCAAUUUGAACCGCUAUGAGGUCCACCCGACUCGGACCGUGUCUGAAGGAAUUGGACCAGAGUUCUACACUCAUUUCAGGCUGCAGAACCUUGGCUGUUACUCUGUGAGUAAUGUGGCGCUGAGGCUGCGUCUGCCUUCAGUGGCUGCAGCAGACCAAGUCUUUAUGACCGUCUCCGAUGUCUCCUCAUACAAUGUUACGGGGGUGAACUGCAGCGUGCUGAGUGAUGUGCCACACCUGAAGGGCAGACAGAGGGACGUACGGCCACUCCACCCUGAAGACAUGAUACAGAAUGAUAUACUGAAUUGCAGCAGGUCUUGGUGUACAGAGGUUGUGUGUAAUGUCCAGCGGCUCCUGCAAGGACAGGCUGCUGUUAUUCGAGUCAGCCGCAGAGUCCAUGAUGAUUUUUUCAGAAAAGCCAAGUUUAAAUCAGUAAGGAUAAUAGGAGCCUAUCGCCUCACCACACAGGAGACUAACCUCAUUACUCUGGGCACAGGCACAUUCUGGAGGGAGACAGUACUGGAGGUGCUGAAGGGACGAGCUAUUCCUAUCUCGCUCUGGAUUUUAAUUGGUAGCAUCAUUGGAGGAUUGCUGCUAUUAGCUCUGAUCAUUUUCAUACUAUGGAAGUUGGGGUUCUUCACACGCAAACACAGAGGAGAGGAGGAGAAUGAGGAGGACUGAGCCCAAACUUUUGCUGCCAUUUGUUACAAAAACCUCCAACAUGAGCCAAGGUGACCUAUUACCAGGCAUUAGGACCGUGCCAGGACGGACUCGACACACAACAGCAACACCUAGGACCAAAGAAUGAGGCGCCAACAGAAAUGCACUGCCCGCUGUUUUUCAGGGCCGAGAGCUCUUAUGUAAAUAAACUUUUUAUUUUAAAGGAAAAAAACAAAAAACAUUACAUCACUCUUCUAUUUAAAAUUCAGACACCAUCAUGGUUUUACAUUUCAAAUGAUCAGUCUCAUGUCUGUUGUGUAGUUUGUUCUUUGCUGGAAUUAAAACUGUUGAACAGA